UCUAGCUGUAGAUCUAGCUAGAUCUAUUCUGAACAAGGGGCAUAGCAUGGAGAACAGAGAUAAACUUUCACAUGCUACAGAGAAUCAGAUGGAAAUAUAUUUUAGAACUCUAGAUAGAUCUACAUAAGACUAAAUUGUUGGGAAAUUACGCAAUAUUUGCAGCUGUUCAAACACAAUGAUUAUAGAUCUAGACAUAUUACAGCCAUUGUUGCUGAUCAAGAGAUAAUUAUUGGCAAAAGGUAUAACAAUGAAAAAAAGACGCUUGUCUUCAUAAAGAGAAGUUAUUUUUUUAUAGGUCAUCUAAGCAACAUCUUCAAAACAUGGCUGAAAAUUUAAAAUUCUAUGCAGAUGGCAAAGAGCUUAAUUAUUGGGAUAGGAUUCAUCAAGAAGGAGAAAAGUUUUACAAAAAAAUCGGUCAAGUCACUUGGAGAGUUCCACCUGUAAAAUUCAAUUGCAUGGUAACCAAACCUGUUAACUCGGGCUGUAAUUGCAAAAUUGUGGUGACGCCUCAAGAAACUGAUCAAGAGACAAAUUGUGCGGAAAAUAUCGUUUGUGGUACUUUUGAAAACUUGAGUAAUAACCUGGUUGAAGCAAAAGAAACCUCUGCUAUGUUUAUUGUUUCCAACUUUGAAUAUGACAAUUACCUGAACAAGAUUUACUCGCUACAGUUAGGAGAGCUGAAUGGCCAAUUAUUGAAUCUUCCUAAAGAUGUAGCAUCUAGAGGAGAAUUGGAUAUUUUAAUUUUGCACCAAGAGGCUGGGAUAUUACUUGUGCAAACUAAAGCUGUAGGCUACAACAUUCCAAAGAAUGCAGAAGCUGAUUGUGAGAAGUAUAUUUCAAAUAUUGAGAGAGCUGUGAUGAAGGCUGUGGAACAGUUAGAGAGAGAUGUUAAAGUAAUGCUUCAUGUCAUGGGGGACCUUAAAAUUCAAAAGCAACAAAUCACCAAGGUGGUUGCACUGCCAAAUCUGAGUAGAUCCUUUUUGGAUUUGGCUGUACAAAAAUGGACUGAAAAAUGCACAAGUCUGGGGGAAAAAAUCAGCAAUUCCGAUCUUCAAUUAAAGAUACAUUUUCUGUGUCAAGAGCAUUUCAAAUGUCCAAAGGCUUUGAAAGAUUGGUGGUGUGAAAAUUUUUCUAAAAAAACAGGCAUCACUUUGAAUGUUAUGAAGCAAAUAGCUUACAGAACUGUUGGUCUAUUGUCCACUGUAAGUGUCUGGACAUCCAGCCAACCAAGAAUGGAGGUCAGAAACCUUAAUGAUGCUGCAUGGGAAACAGGAAAUAGGUUUACUCAAGUUCUGCUCUCAGGUCAACAAGCUGAGUUGUUAAAACGUCAAGAAAAGUAUUUCUAUGUCUGGGGACCCGCAGGCUCUGGAAAGACCCUGCUCUUGUCUUUAAAGGGUCACCAGUGGUUGCGAAAGCAUCCAGUUGCCAUUCUGAACACUAGGCUUGGGUCAAAAGGUCGAACUGUCGGCCACGUGAUGGAGAGCACUAUUAACAAAACUAUUGAAAAUACGGACAAUAAAAAAUGUAAGAUGAACAAAGCCAUGAGGAUAGACAUUGACCUUGCUGAGAAUGAGCAGGACAUAGAGAGAGAGGUUGCAAAUAUCAAAAAGCAAGACCCAACAAUUAGACCUAUGUUUCUGAUUGAUGAAGUCACAUGGCUCCCUGAAACAGCUAAGCUGAUCACAAUUUUAAUGAAACAGUUCCCUCACAGCCACAUUUGGUGUGCUGGCAUGUUGCCAGAAUGUCGACCAGAGGGUUUUGAAAGUCAGGAACUUUUAUCAAUACUGAGGUGUCCACCAUCAGUCCAAAGGGUUCUGAGAAUAGUAGAUAACAGGACGGAGCGUAGAUUGCUGUAUCACCUUGAUAGUUCUAAGGCUGGGUUACCUACAGAUGGGCCGCCUCCUUACUUUAUCAUUCACUCCAAGCAUGGCAGCCCUGAUGUCCAGCCCUAUGACUGUGUGCGCUGUGCUGAGCUGUUGUCAGAUUUUUUAUUGAACACUUUGAACCUGAAGAUGUCAUUGCCUUCUCAUGACGGGGCCCAAAGUGAUGCUGCCAGUCAAAGCAAAGUUGAAGGCUGCCGUCUGCACUUCAAUGAUGCUGUUCUAGCAGUGUCAAUGCCCAGGUCCUGGCACCACUACACAAACAGAGGAUACUGGGCCAUAUCUCGAGAAGCACUUCAUUCUAACAUGAUGUUUUUAGGAUCUGGUCCUUUUUGUCAAACACUUUUAGACAGGCAGAUACCACUGAAAGUUGAAGGAGCCAUGACCUUUACACCAGAGAAAAAUGUGGCAGGUCAAACAUUUGCAAUGUGUCCAAUAGGAUCUGUACAUGGGCUGGAGUACAAGGUGGUUGUUGGUAUCCCAAGUGCUAGGAAGUUAACAAAAUAUACAGAAAUCAAUGAAGGGAUUAUAAAAGGUGACCACGGGCCCAGAGUUCCCAUGAAAAGGUUGCCAUUUGCCAAAGAGAUUAAGAGAAAAAGGGACGAGUUACUCAGACAGGGGCCAGAAUUCUGUACCUGCUUUUUAAAGGAUGGGGCUGUUAAGAAAAGGUCAAGGACACUCAGCACUGCAGACGUUCAACCCAAUGAGCCUAAAAGUGACAAAAUUAGAAUUUCCACCCAUGUUCAUGGUAACUAUAGAAAAGGUCACUCAUUACCAGAUGACCUUCUGUAUGAAAAUUGUGACCACUUGAAUGGAACAAUGGACUCCCCUGUAGCUGAUAAGCAGCUUCAUUUAUCAGAUUCAGAGAAACAUGACCCUGAAGUGGACAGCGAUGAUCAUACCGAAUGCUUGGACAGAUUAAAAAAUGAAGUCUGUGGAUACUGCAAUACUGAGAAUUGUGUGUGCAAAUACUGCCAACCAGAAGAGUUAGUGGCCCUUCAUAAGUUGGAUCAGUGGGACAAGGCCUACAUACUUAUGUGUGCUUCUCGCUGUACAUCACAGUUAAUUUUAGUCUUGCCUUGAGUCAUUUAGGAAGCUGUGAGAUCCCUAAUGACAGACGUAUAUUCUGGAACAUUUUGUAUAACUUAAUUACAAGCUUUUAAACAAAUAUCUCAAUACAGCAACCAACAAAAAAAAAUUUUUAUGUACAAAUUCAAAUUCUGUCUUUUAUAUGAGUGUCAUUCCAAUCCACUGAGAUAUUAAUAGACUUACAUAUCAAUUCUGCUAACUUAACAUCUAUAUGUGAGUCACAUUUUCAACUUGAUCUAAAGCCUCUCAAUUCAGUGGAUAGGAAAAUUUGAACCAUACUUUUCUUUUAAUAUUCUACAAACAUAUUAGAAAUGUUUCUUCUUUGAAGGAAUGUCUGUAUUUUAUAAGCUUUUGUAAUUUUAAAAAUGAAAAUUGUUUAAAGUAAUUCAACCCACCCAAUAGUGUUUAAAGGAAACUACUUAAUAACAGUUUUACAAGAAUAUAUUCUUUUAGCGUCAAAAAUGAGUUGUAAAUCUGUAAUAUAAAUAAAUAGAUAAAUACACCAUUUGUGUAUGUUGACUUAAGCCCACCAGCAAUUAAUUGCAUGAGAAAUUCAGAAUGUGUUUUAAAAGAUUCAGUUGGGAUCGGUCUAAAUCACCUGCCAACUAAAAGUUGUAUGUACUUUCUUUGAUUAGGCUUAAUCAGCUGCAUACUAAAAUCAUUAUGUGCUUGCUUACCCCUGUGAGUAGGUUACGUCACCUGCAAACUAAAAUAUUUGUAUAAUUUCUUGCCCCUGUGACUAGGCUAAAUCAGACGCUUACUAAAAUAUUUAUGUCCUUGCUUGCCCCUGUGAAUAGGCUUGAUCAGCUGCUAACUAAAAACUGUAGUCACUUGCCCCUGUGAGUAGGCUAAAUCACAUACCUGUCAACUAAAACCCUGUGUGCCAUGUGUCCGUAACACUCUGCUUCUGACAAUUAAUGAUAUCUGCUAAUCUGAAAUGGACUUUAAUUGUUAUCAAUGUUUCUGAGUUUGAACUCAUCACAUUAUCUCCUGCCAUCCAGGAGGAGGUUUGGUAUUAUACAUAAUAAUCUCAUUUUCUGAAGGAAUGUUUGAAACUUAAAAGUCAAACAACUGUUUACAGAAGAAUGAUGAUUUGGAUUAAAAGUUUGUUUUUGGCUUUGCAAUGUUAAUAAAAAUAAGAGUGAAAAAAUAUUAUUUGGCAACCUUUCGGUUUUCUUUGUAUUGUGAGUUUUAAAAAAAAUAAAUUUGUGUUUGUUCAAGGUUCAUAAUUAUCAGCUGUACAUUACAUGUAAAACUUCUUGCCAUAUGGAAGUGUGCUUGAGCUGCCAUUCAGUUCUGUAUUUAUCCUAUGUUAGUUGUUAUUUAUUGUGGUUGAUAUGUGUUUUAUUCUUAAUCAAUAUUAGUACCAGUUAAAAAAAAAGAUUUUAUUAGAUUUUGUAUACUUCCAUAAUCCUUUUUUUUAAAUAUACAAAUCUAUGCUUUUGACUAACUCCCAAGUUGAAACUCCUGUUUUCACUUUUUUUCUUAAAUCAACAUUUUAUGAAUACUGAUUAUUCUAAUUGAGCUUUUAUUUUAACAUUGUUGAAUAAUCUGUUUGUAAAAGAUUUCCUUUGAGAUAGUAAAGAUUAUAGAGUGCAGCCAAAAAAAUAUUUUUUACUUGUCAAUGUUUUUUUUUUAUAUAAUUUUUGAAAAAAAUGUAUAUACGGUACUUUCUACUAAUAACUGUCAAGAAAAAUAAAAUAAAAAAGAUACUCA